GACCUUGACAGAAAGUGAUCUUUCAUGCGUGCUUUCGAUUUCGGAUUCCAUUCAAAUUGCACGGCCAGGAAUGUCUGACAAAUGCAUUGAUGACAAAGGAACAAGCCAGCCUCAUCAGCCACUGACGGUUCGACAACGAAAACGGAUGAGGAGAAAGCAGUACCUAAAGGAACUUAAAAGGCAGAAUGUUUAUGAUGAGCAUCGUGUGGAACAGUAUGAGGCUGCCGACUACUACUUUGAAAAUGGACUACGUAAGGUCUACCCCUAUCACUUCACCUUUACAACGUGUGUGCAGGAGAAGUGGACAGGUCAACCCAUCCUUGAGGUAUUUGCUGAACAGUUCCAGAGCAACACUGAAGAGAACUAUAGAAAAGCAAUUGAAGCAGGCCAUCUUCGGGUAAAUGGAGAAACAGUUGGGGUGGAUUACUGCUUGAAAGCAAACGAUAUUAUUGUUAGCAGAAUACAUAGACACGAGAACCCCGUGGCUGAUGAAAAAGUGGAGAUAAUCCAUGAGGAUAAGGAUGUGCUGGUUGUAAACAAGCCUGCGUCUAUCCCCUGUCAGCCAUGUGGCAGGUACAGGUUCAACUCCAUGGUGUUCAUCCUCUGUAAGGAGCUGGGUCUGCCAUCCCUCAGAAAUAUAUAUCGUCUGGACUGGCAGACCUCUGGUGUUAUGAUGCUGGGUAAAACCAAAGAGAAGGCCAUGAUAUUAGAACAUCAGAUACAGAAUGGCUUUGUCACCAAGGAGUAUGUGUGCCGAGUACAGGGAGAGUUUCCUUUAGGUGUGGUGACCCUAGACCGUCCCAUCGUCUGUGUGUCUCAUCGACUGUUCCUCUGGAAAGUGAUGCCCAAUGGCAAACCCAGCAAGACAGUUUUCGAAAGGAUGAGCUUCAAUGGAACCUCAAGUGUUGUCAAGUGUAUACCUCAAGAAGUGCGAACAGCCCACCAUAUCAGAGUCCAUUUACAGUACUUAGGCCAUCCUAUACUAAAUGAUCCUGUGUAUAACAGUGAAGUUUGGGGCCCAACCAAAGGCAAGGCUGGGGUCUACAGCAGGCCUGAUGCAGAGGUGAUCAAGGAUGUAGUGGCCAUACACAGGGUAGGGCAGUGGACAGAGGAAAGAAAUCCUAUCCUUGACCUCAAACUCCAGACUGACAAGUUAUCAGUAUCGCAGGAUGAACGUCUCGCCACAAACAGUAACUGUCGUUGUUGUCAUCCAACAGGGCACCACAGCUUGAUGCAGCACGAAAUGAGAUGUCAGAAUGUGAGUGUUCAGAAGCUGUAAGUGGAGGAAUGUUCGCAGGAUAUGUACAAGGAGUGUGGACGCACGCAGAGUGGUGGGUUGUUGUUGGAGUCCAUAGGGAGUGAAAAUGCUGAAGAAUCUAAGUGUGCCAGUGUGCGUGAUUCUGAAUCAGUAGUAGGACAUGGUGAAGAUGCAGAACAAACACCUCGCAUGGACAGUCAAGAGGAGGAGAAUGAUGAUUCAUUAUCACAGAAAAUUGCAGCGGAGAAAAUUGCUAACAGUUCAGCAUGCAGAGAUACAGAGCUUUCUCAGUGUUCGUCUUCAAGUGGUCAUCCUGUCAGUGACUUCUCAUCUCAUCUGGUCAAAGAUACACCUGAUGAUAGUGUGACAUCAGAACCGUCUGCCAAACGGUUGAAAAUUCAGGCGAAUGGCACGCAUGGGUCGUGUACUGUGAGCAGUUCCUCUACUGUUAGCACUUCAGCUGCAGCAGCUUUAGCGCCUGGGCACAUCAGACAAAACCUGUCCUCAGAAGGGGGUGACAGAGCCAACGGGGACAGGCUCCUGCAAGUAGCUCACCCAGGUUUUGACAUUGACAAGUGGGUUCCUGACCCACACUGUGCUGAGUGUACGAAGACUUACCUGGAUCCUGACCCCCACAAACUGAUGAUCUACCUUCACGCUCUCAGAUACACAGGUCCAGGAUGGGAAUACAAAACAGAACUACCAACAUGGGCUGAAGAGGACUGGCAAGGGGAGUAACUGCAAUUUGCCUGGUGCUGGUAGCAUUUCUGUUAAACUGCCAUGAUGUCAAGAUUUUCGUCCAUUUUGUGUUCUUUGUAGCAAUCAGCUGCCUGUAGGCUAUAUGGUGUAUAGAGAUUACUUGGUAGUUUUGUUUGGAUAGCCACAAGUACUCUAGCAUGUAUGUUAUCCAUGUGUCGUGGUGUUGAUUGGUAAGAAGGCUUAUUGCUUCAGAUAGGUUUACAUUAUCUGACGGAAUGUUUGCAGAGCAACAGGCAUCACCCAGUAAUUUGCCUACUUAGCAACAGCUGAUUAAACAGUUCAUUAUCAAUUGCCGCUGCAAACAUAGAUAUAUUGGCACAAAAUCAUGUCAGACAUAUUUUGUGUCAAAUGAUUUCAAUUUAUCUCUUGCGCGAAUAGAGAGAACAGCAAGAAAACAAAUGUAUAUUAAUGUAAACAUUGUACCACGUUUCAAGUAUACCUAAGAAAUGAAUAUUAUUUUGACACUAUUUUUCACCUUUGCAGUUUAUGUGUAAUAGUUGUGUUGUUGUUAUGCAGCUGAAAUGUGGUCAUAUCAGGUCUUUUGACAGCUCAUUUACGCAGAAGCUAGAGUACCAAAUAUGAGAAUUUUCACUGUUUAUUGACAUCAAUAUUUUCAUGUUGAAUUAUUGACGUGUCUAAGGAUUUAAAGUAUUACAUGUGAUAUGCUUUUUCGGUGCCCAUGAUACAUCUGGGAUUAAGAUAGGCAAAUGGUUAUGAAGCUCUAUUAUUCUCGCUCAGUCAGACUUGAGAAUCGUAAACUCGCCAGCCACUGUACAGAUGAAGACGACAAUGCUUAACCUUUACCAUAAAAGCAUCAAAAUAAGCUUAAAGUCAACAGCCAGAUUCCUGAAAAGGUUACUGAGGUCAGAAUAGUAUGUUUGCCUGCAUAUUAAUUCAACUUACUGUCAUGAAUUUGAUGGGAAAGUAAUGCCGAAGUUAAUGAUUCAUUUCUUGCGGUACGAUGGAGAGUGUCGGUAGUAUGGUGUCUUCUCGAAUGUCCCGCUCACUAGGGUUGAGGGGUUAUUCCCUUUCCGUCUAUCUUUAUCCCAUGAUACAUCAACAGUGACCUAAACAGAUAUUUUAUUUAUACAUGUAUAAAUGAACAAAACUUUCAUGGAUGAAUUUAUCCAAUCAGAAUCUGUAACUGCAUUACAGGCUUUUUUCUCCCAAGUCUGCUAAAAACUAUAGGGGGAUGUACUUGAUUUGUUGUUCAUGUGAAGCGGUUGAAUUUCACUGAUUUGAUUUAAUUCAUCAUCACACAAAAUACCAAAAAUGAUGUUUGACUGGCCCUGGUGUGAUUCUGUGUUGACGUCUUGAUUUGAACAAAUUUCAUCUUUGUAGGUGACAAUGGCAGCAGAAUGGAUUUAUGAAACAUUACUUUACUUUACUUACUUUACUUACCCAUAGCAUCGGCAGAAUACCAAACAGUGCAAAUCACUGAGAUUUCAAGCUCUCAAAUGAAUUAUCUCUAAUGUGUAUUUCACAUCUUCCUCUUCAACUUUAAACAUGUUCUUGCAAUAUCGCUGACAUAUUGCCAGGGUGGCAUUGAGCCACAAUCAUUCAUUCAUUCAUCCAUCCAUUCAUUCCUCUUCAGAAACACCCGAUAUCUCAGAACAAACACAUUAGCUACUAUCGCAUUGUGCAAUAUGCUGAAUACAACAAAGUAUAUAACUUGUUUUUCCUAGUCAGUCAUUUUGCAGCACCAACCCCAGAACUAUUGGUUAACUUACUUAUGUAAAUUACUGCUGCAGUUGUACAUUAUAAAUCAUUGAAGUCAGAAUUUGAUUGUUUCAAUCUGUGUAUGUUUCAAUCCUUCGCACACUGUUUAGUGUAAAUUUUUCAUUACAUUAAUUAUUAAAACUUUGUCUAGAGACUUUGUGAAUAAGGUGUUGAUUAAUUAAAAUAAGUUUUCAAUUUUGUGAUGUUUUUGAUAAUAAUAAUAAUGCUGGAUUACUACCAUGGUUUUGAAAACUUUUAGUCAGGCGCAGUGAAUUGUUUAUAGGGGGACCAACUCAUGAAUAUUGAUAUUGAUGUGCAUUUUUAAUAUUCUUUUUUAUUUAUCUUUAAUUUACCUCAAGGAGGAUAGUUGUAGAGUAUGCCCUUGAGCUGGUAAUGUAGAAUUUGACUGUUAGUCCGAUCAGAGUUCAAGUUUCAAAUAUCUGGGUGAAUUCCAUUUGUCGACCUGACCAACUGCUGGCAGAUUCUGAUGACACUUGGAGGAGAAUGUGUGAUUUUCUAAUGGUACAAAAAUCAAGCUACUGGGUGCUCAAAAAUUAACAUAGCUAAUAAAAUAAUAAAUUCAUAAUGCUGUAACUUUCAUUUUUCAGAUUAUGCACAGAUUUAAUUGACUUGGUUUCAAAAUAGGUCUCAGUGCAGACGGAUAUUUUCAUCAGUUGUUCAAGGCGUUCUCCAGGUCUGAUUGUUAUAUCCGUCAACAGACUCUGAAAAAUGGAAGUUCUAGUGUUAUUAGCUGUGAUUUUAUUGCCUAUUUUAGGGUAUGCUGAAAGAUGAUUACAGUAAUAGUAUAGGAUAAUUAAUGUGUGAAAAGCCAGCCAUGCACCUAAGUCGUGGAAUGCACCUCAGGUAAACCGUUAUCAAAGUUUUUACAAAGGAUACAUAAAAACAACUCUAAAAUGAUGAUUAUGAUUGUAAUGAAGAAAGUUUUUGUUUUUGAGACAUAUUUUAUAGCUCUUAAAAUACAUAUUUUCCAACACUAUUCAGAUCUAUGUGUUUCAUGUAUCCUUUAAUGUUGUCAUUUUAUCAAUUGUAAAAGUCAAAAACAGAAUAACUAAGCAGCUGUAAAAGAAAACUUCCGUUUAAUGAUGUGUGGGCAUUCUUUUUUACGUUUCAACAUAUCCUGUCCACAAACAUUUCUGAAUUUCCCUCAAUAUUCCCCAACUCCUUGUGACAUUGAUGGCUAUUUUAUGGCAACAAUGAUAUUAGCUUACACUUGAACCAAGUUGGUGAAACGCAUUCCCCAGCAGAAUUCAAGUUGCCUUAUUGUUUCUGAAGUGAAAAUAAAGAUGAGAUUUUUUUAAGGUUUUCCCCAAUAUUAACAGGCUCUGAGAACCCUUAUAUGUACUAUAAGGCAACUUUCAUAGUGAUAUUCUCAACUUUUCCUUACAGUCUUCCCAGGCCAGUAAGUGAACUGUAUUUCCAUAUAUGUUUAAGAGCUACAGAAGACAUUUACAGGCUCUGAGAACCCUUGUAUGUACUACAAGCCAACUUUAUUGGUGAUAUUCCCAACUUUUACUUAUAAUCUUCCCAGGCAAAUAAGUCCAUUGUUUCCCUGUAUGUUCAAAAGCUAAAGUUUCAGAUAAAAGUUUGCAAAAUAUUUGCACAUGAGCUGAAUGUGAUUAAAGCACGGUGUUUAUAACAAGCUUGCAUGGACAGAUCUGAUUCUAACCUUCAUGGGAUGCAAUGGUCGGAAUUUACCACUCAUCUAAUUCCCAGUGAUUUCACAGAUGAAAGAGCAACUUUAAGUGCAAUUCAUGCACAUUUUUACUUCUGAUUUUUGAGACAUUGGUUGGAUUGGACAGUGUCAGGGCUUUACAAAAAGUACCUUUUUAUCAGUCAACAGAAAGUAAUGCCUGCAGAAUAUGCUUGAAUAAACACUUUGCAAACACGCGAAAAGGCUGAAGAAUUACAGCAGUAUUUGAUGUAAACCACCAAGUUUUUUAAGAUAUAGCACCUCCCUGAGGCUUGUGAGCUGUCAAUUCAUUUUGUCUCCAGGCAUACAAGUUUUUUUUUUAAAAUCCCAAUUAUUUCAUAAGUGAAGCUGCCAUAUGUAGCUACCAUAUGAGCAAGUUUCUAUUCAGUAAAUGUUGCUGAGGAGAAGUAGUGGUAUUAGUAAAACUAUUAUUGACUUAUCUGCCCUAGUUGGGAGUUAAAUUAGAAUAAUGAACCUUGAGUGGCAAUGCCGUGCAGCGCAGAGCAAAUUAUAGUGAUUUAGAAAUACUAGUAAGCUUUAUUUCUCCAUUUUCUGGUCUUGUUUUAUAUGUUGUGGACUUUACUUCACCAUCCCUAUCUGACAAGACUACCUCAGUUCAAACACAGUCUUUCUCACCAAAGAGAUCAUGAGUUUAAACCCAGCUCUUGCAAGCUAUGCUGCAGCCUAACGUCAGGAAAUGUAUCAUAUGCAUGAACAAGGUGCGGUGGAUUCCUCCACCUAUGAACUUGACCUUCGUGGCGAAGGUAACAUAUCCUUACUAUAUACAGUUGAUAAAACAUCAAUUAGUCAUAAAACAUUGUAUAAUAUUUAUGUAUAACAAGAUAAAAACAAAUACCAGUCUGUCAUUUCCAUAUCCCAACUCUGACUUUUUUUUU